AUGAUGGAAGAGUGCGUAAGGACCGUGUCUCUCACACUGAUGCUGCUGUGUGUCGUUCUGCCGGGCACGGCUCCCACAGCCCACAGCCUCUACCCGAGGAUACGGCUCUCCCACACAGAGCUCUGGCAGCUGAACAGGACCUGGGUGUUCCAGGCACAUGGAGCGUCUCUGCAGCCUCACACUAUGAUGCUGGACGAGGGCCACGAGAGGCUGUAUGUGGGGGCCAAGAAUACUCUGUUCUCCCUCAGUCUGGACCAGGUUAACACACACCACAGAGAGAUCCAGUGGGCCAGCACGGACUCUCAGGUAGAAGAGUGUUUGAUGAAGGGGAGAGAAAAGCUCGAGUGUGCAAACUACAUCAAGGUCCUGCAGCGGUACAACCACACCCAUCUGCUGGUCUGUGGAACAGGAGCUUUUAACCCCGUCUGCACACUGGUCAGGGUGGGACACUCAGGACAGGACAGGCUCUUUGCUCUGGAAGAGGACAGUGUUACGAGCGGCAGAGGACGCUGCCCGUACGACCCCAACAGUCCCUGCACGUCCACACUCUCCAGAGGGGAGCUGUAUAUUGGCCUGUACACAGACUACUGGGAGAACGAUGGAGCCUUGUGUCGACUGAACAACCAGACGUACACACGCACCGAGAGGGACGACAGGCAGCAGCUCAGCGAACCUAAAUUUGUGGGCUCAGCAGUUAUUCCCGACAACGACGACAGCAACGAUGACAAAGUUUACUUUUUCUUCACCGAGCGAGAGGCGGAUGCUGAGGGACUCAACAAGGCGGUUUACACCCGAGUGGGGCGAGUCUGUGCGAACGACGUGGGAGGACAGAGGAUGCUGGUGAAUAGAUGGAGCUCCUUCCUGAAAACACGUCUCAUCUGCUCUGUGGCUGGACAAAAUGGCAUUGACACACACUUUGAUGAUCUCGAGGACGUGUUUGUUCUCAAGAACAAGGACAGGAAGAACCCAGAAAUCUUUGGCCUCUUCAGCACAACUAGUGCGGUGUUUAAAGGCUACGCCGUGUGCGUGUACAGCAUGGAGGACAUCAGAGCAGCCUUCAACGGCCCCUUCGCCUACAGAGACAGACCUGAGCACCGCUGGAGCCCUUACGAGGACAGAGUCCCCUACCCACGACCUGGAUCUUGUGCCAGUAAAGUCAAUGGCGGUGGCUUCUCCAGCUCCAAGGAGUUUCCUGAUGAGGUUUUGCGGUUUGUGCGAUCUCAUCCUGUGAUGUAUCGUCCUGUCCUGCCUCAGCACCAUCAACCUGUGCUGCUACAGACGGAGCCGGGCAGGAGGAAACUGACCCAGAUCGCCGUGGACAGGGUCCAGGCCCAGGAUGGAAACUACCACGUUCUGUACAUCGGCACCGAUGACUCAGUGGUGUUGAAAGUUAUCACCAUCUACAACAAAGACACAGACACUAUGGAGGAGGUGCUGCUGGAGGAGCUGCAAGUUUUCAAGGAGUCGGCACCAAUACGAGAGAUCAUAAUAUCGUCUAAAAGGCAACAGCUCUACGUGGGGUCGGAGGUCGGUGUGGCCCAGGUCAGACUGCAUCAGUGUGACCUCUAUGGCUCUGAGUGUGCUGACUGCUGUCUGGCCAGAGACCCCUACUGUGCAUGGGAUGGUCUCACCUGCUCCCGGUUGUACCCCGCUGGAGUCCACACCAAGAGCAGACGGUUCAGGCGGCAGGAUGUUCGCCAUGGAAACGCCGUCCAGCUGUGCAAUGGGCUGCAAAUUGAUGGAUCCGAGGAGAAGCUGGUGUAUGGUGUCCAGAGCAACAGCACUUUACUGGAGUGUGUCCCUCGAUCACUUCAGGCCAAAGUCCUCUGGUUCUUCCAGAAUGGAGAAGGGAGACGUGAGGUCCGGGGUGAUGAGCGGGUUAUCGUGAUCUCCCACGGGCUGCUGCUCUUACACGUGAGAAGCUCCGACGCCGGCGUGUAUGUUUGCCAGACUGUGGAGCACGGAUACGUGAACACUUUAUUACGUGUCACUCUGCACGUGCUCAGAGGGGAGAGGGUGGAGUCCACGAUCCACAGGGCGAGCGGCGAGGAGGGUGAGAAAGCUGCAGCUCCGUGCCACUCCUCCCCCGACCCCCCACCGGACCCCAGCAUCGGCCCCAAGGUGCUGGUUCCAGCCGCCACUCCAGGCCGCCACUCCAGGCAGUGGUACAAGGAGUUUCUCCAGCUGAUUGGCUACGGGGAUGCCCAGAGAGUCGCAGAGUACUGUGAGAAAGUGUGGUGCACCGAUAAAAAGCGUAAAAAGACCAAAAAGAGGUAUGCUGCUCCAGGUGGCGAGAAGAGAAGGAAAGAGAGGGGGGAGGAGAACUCCAACCGAGCGCCCAGGCACACUUUGGACAACUGA